CAACCAAUGGAGGGGCUUCAUGAAAGUGGUCCUCCACCAUUCCUCACAAAGACAUAUGACAUAGUUGAUGAUGGUUCCACUGAUGAGAUAGUUUCAUGGAGCAGAGGAAAUAACAGCUUUGUUGUGUGGGAUCCUCAAGCAUUUUCCAUUACCCUUCUCCCUAGAUACUUCAAGCACAACAACUUCUCCAGCUUUGUACGACAGCUUAACACCUAUGGGUUUAGAAAGGUAGAUCCAGAUAGGUGGGAGUUUGCUAAUGAAGGGUUUCUUAGAGGACAAAGGUAUUUGUUGAAGAAUAUAAGGAGGAGGAAGACAACACAACCUCAGCAACCACAGCAAGUUUUGGACCCUUGUGUUGAAGUGGGGCGGUUUGGAUUGGAUGGAGAAGUUGAUCGGUUGAGGCGUGACAAGCAAGUUCUAAUGGUGGAGCUGGUGAAGCUUAGGCAACAACAACAGAACACUAGAACUAACCUUCAGUCAAUGGAAAGUAGGCUUAAAAAGACUGAGCAAAAGCAGCAACGAAUGAUGCAAUUUUUGGCAAGAGCAAUGCAGAACCCCGACUUCUUGCAACAAUUAGUUCAACAAAAGGAAUGGAGGAAGGAGUUGGAGGAAGCAUUUUCCAAGAAAAGAAGAAGACCAAUUGAUCAAGGGCCUAGUAAUAUUGAGGUAGCUGAAUUGGGUUAUGCUGAAGAAUGCUCAACUUUUGUUAAACUUGAACAGCAAGAGUACACUGACAUAUCAGAGUUUGAGGUUUCUGACAUUGACCUUGUUAUGAACAUGGGGGAACAAAGUGGAAGCCAAAAGAACACCGAGGAAGAGAAUGGAGCUGAACUUGAAAGUGGGAAUGAAGACAUUGAGGAAGUGUUUUGGGAAGAUUUUUUGUAUGAGAGUACUGAAGAAGAUCUACUAGGAUUGCAAGAAGAUGAUGAAGAUAUUAGUGUGUUGGCUGAGGAACUUGGUUAUUUAGCCUCAACUCCUAAGUAG